CCUCUGAACCUGAGUGUGGAGGUCGUGGCCUAGUGGAGAUCCUAAGGUACAGCAAUGAAGACCCUCAGCAGGAGAAGCAGGAGUCUGUACAGGAGUUGGAGGAGAACUCUCCUCGCCCCAUGAAGAUGGCAGCACAAUCCCACACUGCUAGUGAGCUUCCCUUGGAGGAGCUGCUGGCUCUGUAUAGCUACACAGUGUCAGAUCCAGAGAAGGAGACCUAUCACCUGGCUACCAGCCUGCCUGACAUGACACUGGACAAGGAUCAAAUAACUGAGGACCUCUUUCCUGGAGAGGAGGAAGAGGAAUCAUCAGCUGAUGAUCUCACCCCCUCAGUCACCUCAAACACCUCAGAUCUGCUCCAACGCCUGCAAGGAGAUCAUGGUUGGUUCUAUGUACCAGGCAAAAAUCCCUCCACUCAGUCCGUAUAUCUACCAGGAAAGAGCCUACAGCAGUGAGGACCAGUUGUUGUGGAGGCCAGGGCAACUGCCGGUGCAGAAAGUGGAGGACUUUUUGUUGAAUGCACAGAGACCACAUGGCCAGGAGGGGUCAGCCUACACAAGCAUAAAAGGAGACACUGUCCGAGACAACGAACAGGCACUGUAUGAACUUGUGAAAUGCAACUUUAAUGCAGAAGAGGCACUGAGACGAUUACGCUUCAAUGUGAAGGUGUUCAGUGAACAGCUGUGUGCCUGGAGUGAGGAGGAAUGCAGGAACUUUGAACACGGCUAUAGAGUUUACGGGAAAAACUUCCACCUCAUUCAGGCUAAUAAGGUACGAACCCGCUCCGUGGGGGAGUGUGUGGAGUAUUACUACAUGUGGAAGAAGUCUGACCGUCAUGAGUACUUUACCCAACAAGCCAGCAGGCUCAGCCGCAAAAAGUACAGCCUGCAAUCAGGGAACACGGAGGAUGGAGACCAGGAUGGGGACGUUGGGGAGAUGGAGGGUAGCAAUAAUACUCCUAGCUUGUUGUCUCAUGGCUCCAUGGGCCCUGGAAAGCUGGAGUCCCCGUUACCUCCACAGUCGAGUCUGGACCUGGACAAACAAGAGGAGGAGGGCCGCCCCCGGCGCAGACGAACUCCCCGCUUUCUCUUAAAGCCAUGACCUUGGUCCAGACAGGCCACAGAAAGCAGGCUGGGCCUGCAGAUGGUGAGCUGGUGACGGGGCUGUCAGAGCUGUGUGGCGACAGAUGUCCUCAGCAGUUGUUUGGCUGUCCCUUCUCUCUGCCAACCGUGGAUGACCUGCGGG